UUUUUUUUCUUUCUCUUUUUUAAUUUUAAGAUCAAAGGUGACAAGAAUAGCGGAGCAGAGAACUUAAGAAUGAUGCAGAGAACACAGAUGUGAAGAACAAAGGAGAGAGGAAGGAGCUGAGCCUGGUGCAGAGAGGGAGAGGAGAAGAAGCAGCCUAAAUCUCUUUCCCGGGCAGGUGACAAUGCCUGUCGAAAGGAUGCGGAUGCGCCCCUGGCUGGAAGAGCAAAUCAACUCUAACACGAUACCGGGGCUGAAAUGGCUAAAUAAGGAGAAGAAGAUUUUUCAGAUUCCCUGGAUGCAUGCCGCAAGACAUGGGUGGGAUGUUGAAAAAGAUGCUCCUUUAUUUAGAAACUGGGCAAUUCACACAGGAAAAUACCAGUCAGGAGUAGAUAAACCUGAUCCAAAGACAUGGAAGGCAAACUUCCGUUGUGCUAUGAACUCUCUGCCUGACAUAGAAGAAGUGAAGGACAAAAGUAUAAAGAAAGGAAACAAUGCCUUCAGGGUGUAUCGGAUGCUUCCAUUAUCUGAAAGACCCUCCAAAAAAGGAAAAAAAACGAAGUCUGAGAAGGAUGACAAAUUCAAACAAAUUAAGCAAGAGCCAGUUGAAUCAUCUUUUGGGAUUAAUGGGCUAAAUGAUGUUACUUCUGACUAUUUCCUGUCCUCCAGCAUAAAAAAUGAAGUGGACAGUACAGUGAACUUUGUAGUUGUAGGACAGCCACACCUUGAUGGCAGCAGCGAGGAGCAGGUGAUAGUUGCCAAUCCUCCUGAUGUUUGCCAGGUAGUAGAGGUGACAACAGAAAGCGAUGAACAACCUCUCAGCAUGAGCCAGCUGUAUCCCCUACAGAUCUCCCCUGUCUCGUCCUAUGCAGAAAGUGAAACAACUGACAGCGUUCCAAGUGAUGAAGAAAAUGCAGAG